AUGAACCGGAGGCGUUCCUGGACCUGUUCGAGAGGACAGCUGAGGCCCGGGGGUGGCCCAAAACAGACUGGCCGCUGCGACUCAUCCCACUCCUAUCAGGGGAGUCGCAGCUCGCCGCCCACCAACUGCCAGUCUCCAGUCUCCUGGUCUACCAAGAUCUACGGCGCGCCAUUCUGCAGCGGGUCGGCCGGUCGGCGGAACAACAUCGUCAGCGGUUCCGUUCCCUGACUCUGGAGGAGGCCGGUCGGCCCUUCGUGAUGGCGCAACAGCUCCGGGACUCCUGCCGUAAAUGGCUGGUGGCCGAGGGAAGGGACGUCGGGACAAUCGUCGACCUGGUGGUUCUGGAGCAGUUCAUCACGAGGCUUCCAAGAAAACAGCUCAAUGGGUCCAGUGCCACCGUCCGACGUCCCUGGACCAGGCCAUCCAACUGGCGGAAGAUCACAUGGUGGCGUGCUCGGGGGUCGGCGAACCCCUCCCAUCUGCCUCUCUCUCCCACUCUUUUUUCUCCCCCUCCCCAGUCUCUCUCUCGUCCCCCUCUGGAAAAACUAUUCCUUCUCCCAGGUCUCGGGGUGGGCCGGCGCCCAGGCUCGCGCCGCGAUGGAGAUCCGGCGGCCAGAGGGACUCCCCGUCGGCCGGGAGGAUGACGGAGGGGGGGACACCGGGCGGGGGAUUCCCCUCCCCGGCUCCGGUCGUUGCGCUCUCCCCACACCAAUCCCUUGCCCCACUUCCCGCCGCUGGGACAGCGGGAAAGCCCGGGCCGGCCUGUUGGCGCUGUGGGGAUCCGGGACACUUUAUUGAUCGCUGUCCGGUGAUGGAGGUGGGGACGCUGGUCCGGGUCCCCGACGCGCCAAGGGCCGCCCCCGAUCAAGCUGGCUUGUACCAGAUACCCUGAUUGGAGCGGGGAGACCGUAAAAGCCGCAGACUGGGAGAGAGGAGGGGGAGAGAGAAACUGACUGGAACUCGUGCCCGUGCUGUGAGGUUGAUCUGGAACCGGAUGGUGAUCAACGUGGAAAGAGUUUUUGUGAAUGAGUUGUGCUGUAGCUGCGCUACGGUGAAUGCGCUGUGUGCGCGCCUUUUUGUUUUGUACGAUUCUGAGUAAUAAAACAGUACGAGUUCCAGUUUCGCCGAUACUGUCUCCUU